UCUCAAUAUAAAUGUAUCGAUGAGGCGCUCGCGGCCUUUCUAAAGUAAUGAGAAAGAGAAGCGAAGUAAUGUCCGCCGUGCUCAACGCGUUCCUGCGCUGCGUCGCGUUCCUGCUGCCGCCCUCUUGGCUUCAGUUUUGCUGGUGGGUUGGGGAGGCGUCAUGGCCCAAUCCCAGGGCUCGAUUCAAACACACAAAGCCUCUUACAUAUGAGGAAGUAGCUGCUCAAGACGAAGCCAAACGCGUCCGCUCUUCCUCCUCUGACAGCCCCGCGCCGCUGCCUCCGGAUCCGUCUCCGUGGCGCAAAUUUCGGACGCUCUGCUCCGCCGUGGAGCGCUUCCUUUCGGCUGCCUUUGAUCUCCACAAGCGCUUGGGAAGUUUGUGCUCGCCUUUCCGCGUCGCGGUCGGUUCCUCAUCCAGCGCAGACGCCAGCGGAGCCGCGGAAGAGGAGGCGUUCACGGCUGCGAUCAUGAGCUCCAGCGCCGAGCAGCAGCAGCCGCCGCCGGACACGCACCUGCGGGAGAUCAGCGCUCCGGUGACCAUCACUGUGGCGAUCCAGGCUGCGGAGGACGAGGAGCCCGACGAGGAGGCUUCGUGCAACACCAUCGAGCUCCAGACGGGCAGCGGCAGCGAAGACGAGCUCGGGAUACACGACAAGUCCAGUGGCGCCGGGACCAGCGGCGGAGAGCUGGAGGAGGAGAGCUGGCAGCCUCCGGACCCAGAGCUGAUCCACAAACUGGUGGCGCAGAUUGAAUAUUAUCUGUCGGAUGAGAACCUGGAGCACGACGCCUUUCUGCUCAAACACGUUCGGCGCAACAAGCUCGGCUUCGUCAGCGUGAAGCUGCUCACCUCCUUCAAGAAGGUCAAGCACUUGACACGGGACUGGAGAACCACAGCGUACGCCUUGCGUCACUCCAACCUGCUGGAGCUGAAUGAAGAGGGCCGUAAGGUGCGACGCAGGUCAACCGUGCCGGUUUUCGCCAGCGAGUCUUUGCCGAGUCGGAUGCUGCUGCUCAGCGAACUGAAGCGCUGGCCGGAGCUGGGCGUCGCACUCGGGGGAGACGGCGGUAACGGAGGCGGCGGUCCGACCCAGCAGGAGCGGCUGAUGGAGCUUCUCCUGAAGGCGUUCGGAAACUACGGGCCGAUCGCCUCCGUGCGGGUUCUCAAACCCGGGAAGGACUUGCCGGCCGAUCUGAAGAAGCUGAGCGGGAGAUAUUCUCAGCUGGGCACCGAGGAGUGUGCCAUCGUAGAGUUCGAAGAAGUGGAGGCGGCGAUGAAAGCCCACGAGGCGGUCGGCGGCGACGGAGGCAGCCGAGGGCCGAUGGGGUUGAAGGUGGUUCUGAUCGGCACCAAGCCUCCCAAGAAAAAGGUCCCAAAAGACCGGCAGCGGGACGAAGGCGGCAUGCGCAAGAGUCGCUCGCUCAACAGCCGCGUGCGGGAGCUGCAGUAUCACGGAGGCGACGACUCCGCCGCCAGCUCUUCGGAAACCGAAAGCAAUCCCACGUCGCCUCGCUUGUCCCGCAAGUCGCGCUCCUGCAACAAGCUCAGCCCCACCAGCGCGGGUCCCAACCACCUCAGCCCGGUUGUUUCGCCGCGCUCCAGCCCGUGGAGCAGCCCACGCGCCAGUCCCUGCUCCCAGCGCAAGACGCACCACUCGGGGAAGUCUCCCCUGGCCAGCGAGGGCCGUUUGAGCCCCGAACCGGGGCGGCGCUGGGCGGACUAUUCCUCGGACAGCAGCUUGACGCCGUCGGGCAGCCCGUGGGUCCAGCGGCGGAAGCAGGUGGCGAGUCAGGAGAGCAGCCCGGUGGGAAGCCCGAUGCUCGGCCGGAAGAUCCAGAACGCGGACGGGCUCCCUCCAGGAGUGGUGCGGCUCCCGAGGGGCCCGGACGGCACUCGCGGCUUUCACUGUCCUCCCCCCGGAAAGACUGCGUCCACGCAAACUUGUCUCUAAAGACUCCCGCCGUCGCCCUCGCACUCUCUCAAUGCAGUUGUGACCAUCUCUGUAGGACUGGCCUGUCUUUUGUAAUACCUUUUUCUAUAUGCUAUUUUUGUUAACGUUUUAUACAUCUUAAUUUAACUGAUUUCUCAUUGAGUGAUGGCAUCACAACGAGGGAAGCUGUUCCGAAAGAAUAUAAGUUUUAAAUCGCCGCCGUGUUUUUUUUUUUUUCUGUUGGCGUCGCUGUGAAGGAGAUUCUCCCGGUGUCUGAAUCCCGUUGUAAAUGUCAGGCAUUUGGUUCUGAUCUCGGCAACACCACCAUAUGCCUUUCUGACGAUGCUGUGCCACUGGAAAUCCCUGAAGGAAUGUUGUUUUAUUUGCUCUAACUUCAUUUGUUUCUGCCUUUAAACAUGCUUUUAUUUUAGUGACUUGCGGAUCAGCUGGGAUCUGUUCUUUUUUUGUUUUUGUCUCUGUUCUUGGGUUCGAGUCCUCUCUGCUUCCUCCCAGUGAAAGAGUGUUUGAGGUUUCUGUCCUGAGCACAAAUGCCUCGUAUCUGCCUUCAUCUGAGUGAAGGCGUUGCACGGUCUGCUUCCUUACUGUACAAAUAAAUCACUACAAUCGCA